CGUAGGAGCACGCUGCCGGGGACCGAGGGCGCGGCCUGGGUAAGGAGAGAAGGUGCGGGCGCAGGGAACGCUGGGCGGAGUCCCGCAACGGAGCCGCUAGGACGAGGCUAGCUAGCUGCAACUGCCGACGACGCACACCACUAGCGGGACUCCGCGCUCACGCCCCGGGGCGCCCAGGCUCCGCCCUCUACCUGAGCCGAGGCCCCGCCACCGCCGCGCCAUUGGGUAACCCCGCCGCCCGUCAGACGAGCCCCCGCCGCCCUUCCCGGGCCCUGAGCUGCUCCUCUUAGCGCCCGGGCCGCCGGCCCGCGCCACUCUGCCGUGCUGCACCCGCCCCAGACCUCGCAGCUGCCCCGGCGCCUGCGGCGGGCUCAGGGCGAACCAUGCGCCCUUCGAGCGCACCGCCUGCCCGCUGGCUCUGCGUGCUGGCAGGAGCCUUCGCCUGCGCCCUCGGACCAGCGGGCAGCUGGGCAGCCAGCCCACAGCAGGAGUGUGAGUACCUGCAGAUGAUUGAGAUCCAGCGCCAGCAAUGCCUGGAAGAGGCACAGCUGGAGAAUGAAACCAUGGGCUGCAGCAAGAUGUGGGACAACCUCACCUGCUGGCCACCCACUCCUCUGGGCCAGGUGGUGGUGCUGGACUGCCCACUCAUCUUCCAGCUCUUCUCUCCUGUUCAUGGACAUAACAUCAGCCGUAGCUGCACUGAGGAAGGCUGGUCACAGCUGGAGUCAGGCUCCUACUACAUCGCCUGUGGACUGGAUGACAGCGCGUCUAGUCUGGAUGAGCAGCAGCAGACCGAGUUCUACAGUGCCGUGAAGACUGGCUACACCAUCGGCUACAGCCUGUCCCUUGUCAGCCUCCUGGUCGCCAUGGCUGUCCUGAGCCUGUUCAGGAAGCUGCACUGCACCCGAAACUACAUCCACAUGCACCUCUUCAUGUCCUUCAUCCUGAGGGCCACUGCUGUCUUCAUCAAGGACCUGGCCCUCUUCAACAGAGGAGAAAUGGACCACUGCUCUGAGGGCUCGGUUGGCUGCAAGGCAGCUGUGGUCUUCUUCCAGUAUUGCAUCAUGGCCAACUUCUUCUGGCUGCUGGUGGAAGGCCUCUACCUACACACCCUGCUGGCUGUCUCCUUCUUCUCUGAACGGAAGUACUUCUGGGGGUACAUACUCAUCGGCUGGGGGGUACCCAGUGUAUUCAUCAUGAUAUGGACCAUUGUCAGGAUCCAUUUUGAAGAUUUUGGGUGCUGGGACACUAUCCACUCCUCACUGUGGUGGAUCAUAAAGGCCCCCAUCCUCACCUCCAUCUUGGUGAAUUUCAUCCUGUUUAUUUGCAUCAUCCGAAUCCUGGUUCAGAAACUGCGGCCACCCGACAUCGGGAAGAAUGACAGAAGCCCAUACUCGAGACUGGCCAAGUCCACGCUUCUGCUGAUCCCCCUGUUUGGAGUCCACUACGUCAUGUUCGCCUUCUUCCCUGACAACUUCAAGGCCGAGGUGAAAAUGGUCUUUGAACUUGUCAUGGGGUCUUUCCAGGGUUUUGUGGUGGCCAUCCUCUACUGUUUCCUCAAUGGUGAGGUGCAGGCGGAGCUGCGCCGGAAGUGGCGGCGUUGGCAUCUGCAGGGCGUCCUGGGCUGGAGCUCCAAAUCCCAGCACCCGUGGGGAGGCAGCAACGGCGCCACGUGCAGCACGCAGGUGUCCAUGCUGACCCGCGUCAGCCCCAGCGCGCGCCGCUCCUCCAGCUUCCAAGCCGAGGUCUCCCUAGUCUGACCGCCAGAGGCCGCCAGGCCCCUUCGCACCCUCCCCAUGCCUGCCCGGGAGCAGAGGACACAUUCCUUUGCUGCAGCCAGGACCAGGUCCGUGGAAGCUGGAGAGCAAGGAGGUCCAAUCCUGGAAGAUGCAGAGAGGAACCAGCAUCAGACUCCGCCUCCAAAGGCUCCUCUGCCAGUCGUGCGCACAAAAUGAGCAUACACCUGGAAAGCAACCGCCGGUCCUCAAAGCUUUGGGACUAGAGGGCAAAAUGGUUCUGCCCUGUUCGUGCCUAGAAUUCCACUGUAGCCCUCAAGUCGCUUUGGGUCAAGCGUUGCCAGUGAGACUCCUCUCUGAGGAUGCAGUCCCCUCCCCGAGUGUCCUGCUUUUAUCUGCCAGCUCCUCCCGUGGGUGAGUCCCUCUACCUCAGGCAGAUAUGGUUGUGACCUGGAGUUUCAGUUUGGGGACCACGGCGGUGUUGUGAUCCUCGCUCAGGAAAGAAAUGUCCCAGUGUCGGUCUAUUCUCAGACCUGGGAGCUCAGGGACCUACCUUUGGGAAGGGAGAAGACAGCUCCAGUCAGUGCUCACCAAGUGGCUUUGUCUAUAGGACCAGUCACGCCAGCCUUAUGCACAACCAAAGCAAUAGUGAGCAGCCCACCCUGGGUGCUCGUCUACAUGCCAAUUACCACAGCAAGGGCCAGAGACAUGAACACACAGGCCCCUUGAUCCUGAGGUCACAAAUAGGAAACUGAGUCUCAGAGAGAACAAGUAUCUUUUCCUGUCACUAAUGCCAACAUAAAGACUACCUUUUUACAUAUUGUGAUGUGCUGGAUUCUCUUGGAGUUGUAUUACCAGAGAUAUUACCCUCAUCCCCCAGCUGCUGUGCCUCCUUAGAGAGUGGCGGAGUGUGUCACUGACAUUAAAGAUGGGGGGGGGGGUUGGGGGGAGUUGUCAAGGCAUCUUAUGCCUCCCUCUACCCUUGUAGCCAUGCAGCUUCUAACCCAAGCUGGUGUCAGCAAGUCCCCUCAGAACUGCACCUUGUAUGACAAUAAAUAUUGGCUCUAACAGGCUUAGUUCCCCCGGCUGGUGUGGGUCUCCUGCCUCCUCUAAGCAAGUGUGCCACCCCCUUUUCCAAUGACAGAUGGAGUUACCAUCCUUCUAGCUUUGGACAGGAGCCCUACAUUUCCAAAUGAGGACUUACCCCCCAGAGCCUUUGACUCACACCUGGGUGUGAAGAGGUUGUAACUGGCUCCCUUGUGGCCCUCACCCCCUAAAUCCAGCUGGAAGGAGACUGAUUCUGCAUGGACCAACUUAAAACAGCCGAUAGAACAGUCAGAAACAGCAAGGUUUCACACUCAUUCCUGAAAACACAGCAAACAGAGAAUCCAACAACCAGGAGCCAACCGAGAGGAUUAGAUCAGGGCAGAUGUCUCAGCACAAGUCAGUCAGGGGAGGCUGUGUGACUAACGGAAAGGUUUAGACAUAGCAGUGUGGCAAAGCAGGUGACAUCAGCUGGUCAGAGGGUUUGUGCAAACGCAUCUCCUUGGUUCCACUUUGUAAACAUGGAUGCCAGGCUGGGGCAAAGAGGACAGGAUGGGCUAGCAGAGGCUCAGGUAUACCUGCAAGGCCCCUUCAAAGGCUGCUGCCACUCCGUACCAUCCCAGGACAGAUCAGAAAUACCUCCUGAGGUAUGUGAAGACCAGAAGGGACCCGUGCCUAAAUGAAUGGGCCUUAAACCUCCCCAGCAGUAGUGUCUUGUGGCAUGGGGUAAAUCACGGAGCCCUGGGAGGGGGCAGUUACCAUCCAAGAGGAUAAAGAGUGAGUAAAAGUAAGACUCAAGAUGUGUUCAAGACAGGAAGGGCAGAGUUGGGGUACUGCUCAAAGAAGGUAGAUGCUUAGUGGAGGGCGUUCUGGGAUAAAGAGAGGCUGGAAGCCUUGGUUGAGGAGCUAAGAAAACGUGUGCCAGUAUCCUAAGUUAAUGACAGCCGUGGGGUGGGGGUGACUCCAGGCAGGGCAAUCCCAGUCUCUUCUUCCUCUGCCAAUACCCAGGUAGGUCCAGGUCGCUCUCUGGUCCUGCUAGGGACCUGUCAAACCAGGCCAACUCAUCUCUAGCGCCAUCUGGUGGACACUUCGAGGACUUUACCAACUUUGUCCACCUUGGGGCUUAAUAAGAGUCAAGGUUUCUCACAGGCAGGCAACUGACACAGAAACAGGCCUCUGUUCUGAGCUCCCAAGAGUGAGAUAGAGGGUGUGGUGAGGAUCAUACUCAGGCCAGCUCCACACCUCCCCUCAGAUCAAACCUCUGGCCCCAUGUGAAUCCUGCCUUGAUCCAAAAGAACCUGAUGAAACCCAGAUUCUGGUGGCUCUUUAGAACUGAAACCCACUCACAGUCUCCAAGGGCAAAGGCCAGUUAAUUCAGGUGGUUAAGGACAGGGAGCCAUACCAUCUGAACCCAGAGAGACUCUAUCCGCUCUCUGGGAAAGGCCUGAUUGCUGGUAGUCUUCCCACUCUGGGACACAGCCUGUCCAAGGAGGCUGGUUCACCUGUUAGCAGAACGUCACUGAGGUGUUUGAGGGCUAGGAGAGGUCUUAGGAUCCCAAGGAAACGUGUUUAGGUGUCAGGGACACCUGAAUCCAGCCGAGUCGAUGUUGGGGUGCUUGCCAGUAGAGACAAAGAGAAGGUCUGUCAGACGAGGUCGAGAGAUGGUGGGGGGUUGAUGUGGAGAAGGACCCAGGGUGUAUGUCUGGAAAGGAUGCUAGGCCAUCAACAGGAAAGUGAGGAGGUCAGUUGGGGAGACAAUGGCCUGGUGUGGGACAUGUUGACUGUAAUGUCUGUAGGGUGCCUGAGGAGAGACCCUCUAAGGCUAUUGGAAAGAUGACCUAAAGGGACAGAAGGUGGGAAGACCAAGGCAGCCCUUGGAAGAAACAGUGAGUGGAAGGGUAAGUCCCCGGCACUCCCACGGGGUGUGCUAGGCACAGUGGGGUGAGGACUCUGACUCAGCCCUCCAUCCUAGCUGCCACGAAAGGUCUUGUUUUAAUGAGCAGUGGCGAGCUUCCCUCCCCCGUGUGGGAACAGGAACGACUCUUAUCUCUCUGGGGAAGGGGGGAGUGGAGCCACAGGCAGCAGUCACUAAACACGCCAGGGAUGGCCAAGAUAUUAACAGCCCCGGAGUCUAUGACUCUGAAGACACAGGCUCCCAGGAAAAGGACAGAGUAACUUCAGCAGGCCAGAGGGAUGUGUCAGGAGGCCAUCUUGGUAAUGCCCCAGCCUCCACACAAGACAGAUGGGACAACCAAAAUCCAGAGAAGGAAAGUCACUGUAGAGGAUGGUGUUGAACCCAGCUCUCCAAAUCCCAUAGCCAUGCCUCAGAUAUUCUAUACGUUGUCAAAGAUGGGACCAUUGGGUAUGCCCUCCUGGAGAUGUGAGAAGAGUCAGUUAGCAAUCCUGAUUCUGUCUUGAUACAUUGUUCAUCUUGUAUUUUUGCAUUAAUUUUGAUAUU